AAAAAAAGUAAAAAGAAAUAUUUGUAUUAUUUCCGACCUAAUAUAGAAUAAAUAAAUUGAUAAAAUUGUAAAAUGGAUCCUAAUGCCGAAAGGGAACAGCUGCUUAUAAACAACCCUUCAAAGCCACCAGCAGUCAAAUGUGAUAUUGUAAAUGAAUGUCAAAUGUUCUUAAGAGCUGAGGAAGGAGGUGGUGAUGCUCCCACAGCUAUGAAUCAAAGCACAACAAAUAGUGAUAGGCCUAACUUUAUUACUUCUACUCCUUAUCCAGCGAAAGAGAUAAUAUCUGAAGACGUUACAGCAGAUCUUAUAGCAGAAGGUAAUGUUGAAGGCAAUAAUCGACAACCAAUUGAGGAUGAAGCUCAACAGUCAGAAGAUGUAUUGCCAAGCACAGUAACGGUGUUAGAUGCUCCAGACGGAGGCAAGGUUUAUUUGGUAGGAACUGCUCAUUUCAGUUUAGAGUCACAAGAGGAUGUCUCAAAGGUGAUACAAAAAGUUUGUCCACACAUUGUGAUGGUAGAGUUAUGUGAUCAAAGAACUAAUAUCUUAUUACUUGAUGAAGAAAUUAUAUUACGAGAAGCAAAGAAUAUUAAUAUAGCUAAAAUAAGGGCCACAAUGGCACAAAAUGGAGUUUUUAAUGGCCUGAUGUAUAUUCUACUGCUGAACAUGUCAGCGCAUAUUACGAGGGAACUUGGUAUGGCACCUGGGGGCGAGUUUCGGCGUGCUAUGGCAGAGGCCAAGAAGAUUCCAAAUUGUAUCGUCCAAUUAGGUGAUCGUUCUAUCAACGUAACUUUACAAAGGGCCAUAUCAUCUCUCUCGUGGGGACAGACGAUACGAUUCGUUUGGCAUUUGCUCACAUCUAAUCAGAACAUCAGUUUAGAAGAAGUAGAACGGUGUAAACAGAAGAAAAUGCUUGAAGAUAUGUUAGAAGAAAUGGCGGAGGAGUUCCCACCGCUAAAACGAGUCUUUGUCGUUGAAAGGGAUAUGUAUCUUUGUCACUCCCUACAAGUUGCCGCUUUACAACCGCGUCGGGAACCAUGUAGGAUAGUAGGCGUUGUCGGUAUCGGUCACGUGGCCGGAAUCGUGGAACAUUGGGGAAAAAUUGGACCCCAAGAUAUCACCCCGUUGAUGAUGGUGCCGCCGCCGUCGCUGUCCACGCGCGCGCUGCGCGUGUCGGUGCGCGCGGCGUGCGUGGGCGCGCUGCUGCUGGCCGCCUACAAGCUCGUGCCGCGCCGCUGGCUGCCCUGAGAUGAAAGAACUCGCGUUUUCAAGAAACCA